CAUCCAUGUGAAUUAAAUACAGUUCAAAGGGCACACAUUUGUGAGAGAAUAUUAAACAUUAACAAAAGAGUUAAAAGUGCAAAUGCAAUAAAUAAUGAAUAUUAAUUAACAAUUUGCUUUACAUUUUUUUGUUUAUUUAACUCGCUUUCAUUUUGUGAUUCAUAUGUAACUUUGUGAAAACUUUUUUUGUGUGUUAACUUGUGGACAUAAUUACACGUAUACAUACUCAUGCAUCCAUCUUGAAUAAACGAAAAUCAAAACUAACUAAAAUCUAAUUAAAAUUUCUGACUCAUCUGCAACAAAUAUUGACAACUGCAAAAAAAAAAACGCGUACAUAAACGACACUGAAAAUAUUUGAACUUGCACCACUGAAUUCGAUUUCGAAAAACCGGCUGCACCGCCAUUAUUUGCUGGAUACUCGCCCGUCUCACUCGUGGACCGCACCGUAUGAUAUGUGGCAUAAAAAUUGCUUCAUGCAUCUGCCAUCGCAUUAAAUUAUGGAUUUAGCAGAUCAAAUCGAUGAUUACAUUUGUUCAUUUGAAGGAAUUGGUGACUUAACAAUGGACUCAUUAGCGAUCUUCAUAUUUAUUUGGGCCGUAGUAGCCCUCUUCUUAGUAUGGCUGUGCAAAUUUUUAUACAACAAAUAUGUGGUGAAUAACAAUAAAACGCCGACUAGUCAGAGCAAUAGCCGGCAAAGCAGUGUGGCCCCCGGCGGAGCUAUCACAACGAAAACCGAAGCGAACAAGCGACUUUCCGAACCAAGAGAAGUGGUGGCGAGCAAAGCGGACUUUAAGGACUUAGCUGCCAAACCAGUUGGUGCACGUGGCCGGACACCAGUUGGCGGCGCUGGUGGUGGUGGUGGUGGUGCUAUUGGACCGCGACGACGCAUGGUGCGACAGGGCUCCACUGGGCCAGAAAGCCGCAAGAAGCGCUAUGUGCCGCCGCCAUCCAAUGUUGUUGGACCCGAGACAGUCUCCGUUACUUGGACUAGCCAAGUAUUCCGUUGGCUUUACAGCGAUCUGGUGAUUGUCAACGAACUUUUAACCUCCUGGGUUAUAGCUUUAAAUGAUACGCUGAAGAAAUCUAUGGAAGAGCAUGGUGUCGCUGUAGAAGUAGUACGCGUGCUCCCCGACAGUCCACCGCCCAGUUUGAAUAAUAUUUUUUGCAACUGUGAUGAAAAUAAUCCAUCGGAUAUGCUGAUCACUUUCGAUUGCGAAGCACAGCCGGUGUUGCAGGUGAAAACGUUCCGCCAAAAGGCCGGCAAAAUCGACACCUCCCACUACAAAGUAACCGUUUCACGUUUCCGUGGACGCAUGGCCACUGCCAUGAACUAUAACAGCCUCAAAGGCGAAAUGAAAGUUGAUGGUUAUCCGGAUAUACGCGUUGCCUUGAAUAGUGUGGGGGCCAUCAAGCCAAUGGAUCAGGAUGAACAGCAGCUGCAGAGUGUGAUUAGCGAGAUUAUCAGCGUCGCCUUGCGUGACACCCUGUAUCCGGUGGACUUCUCGAUAUAUGCGACUUGCCCACGCGCCGAAAUCGAUCCCUUGGAUAUGCCUCAAAACAAGGAGGGCUCUAACCUGUCCGGGCUACAACCCAUGAUUUCUGGUCGCCGCUUGCUCGUGAAAAUUGUCAAGGGUGAGGGUCUCGCCGACGCCAAGGAUCCCUAUGUGGUGGUGGAGAUGGACGAACCGGCACAAAAAAAUCAAACUGGUGUGCGUCAGGGCACUACGCCCUAUUGGGAUGAACAUUUCCUAUUCGAAUUGUCGCCUCACUCGGCCGAGAUCCUGUUCGAAGUGUACGAUCGUGCCGCAAACGAGGAACCGGGUAAAUUCCUCGGCUUGGGUUUAGUGGGCAUUGAUGAGUUGGCCGUUGGGCCUGCAUCCACACAAGUGCUGACACUGCAGCCGCGCCCUUACGAGACGCAUCCGGUGAGUGGCACCAUCACUGUGGACUUUGUGUUCAUUGAAGGUGCCGAAAUACCCGCUGGACCCAAGCCGUAUAAGCUAAAAGAGGCGCUGAAGAUUAGCACGCCCAUCAUUAACGAGCACAUGAAGAAUGGCGCCGACUUAGCCAAUGCUGCGGUACGUGCGCUGCAAGAUGGCGCGCUAUCCACAACGGGACAGCCCAGUAAGAGUACGCUAAUUAUACACAGUGUUCAACGGAACCAGAACAAUUCAAAUGCAUUUAAGGUUGAGGUUAACAAUGAGGGCAGAAUCGAAGUCAAGGAAUCGCCGCAAGAUGAGCUUGACACGGCUGCGUCCCAAGCUUUGGAAAGCCCAUUGAACGACAAUACAAGCGAAUCGUUGCCCACCGCCAAUACGACAGCGGACAUAGAGCAAAUCCAUCAGGAUAUCUCGGUGACGACAGACAUAACGGCAAGUCCCACAGAUUCGUUUCCAGCAAAUGAUGGCUACCUGGAGGAGUCGGGGGUGGCAUCAGGUAACAGCAGUGCCUUUGUUGCAUCCAGAGCGGAGUUUGGACAACCGAAUGCCGCCUCCUCUCCGCAAGGCCACAACGGAUACUCACCACAUAAUGGCAACUCGACUACAAAUGGAUCCCAGAGUUAUGGAUAUCAGAGCAACAGUCUGCCACGCAAUGGCGGCGCCACCAGUACACCAUUGAGCGGUGCUGAUCUGGACGAACGAGGCCGGAGUAAGAAACGAAAUUUCUUUGGAACAUUAAAAAAACGUUUAAGUCGAUCCAAGACACGCACCCAUUCGGCUGAUCGUGGCGCUUUGACGCCGUCCCAAAAUAAUAACGGUACUACCCCAACAGGAACACUUAACGGUGAUUCACGUUCAUUAUCUGUCGAUCGUGCUGUAAUGUCUAAAAGCAAUUCACUUGGUCUACGCGCUGGCUCCUCACGACUUGAUCACUCAAGGCAAUCUUCAAUUUCAGAAUCGUCCGCAAUCUCAGGUUUCUCAUCGGCCAGCAACAAAACGUACGUACACGAGGCAUCCACACUGGUGCUGGAGACGAUUGAGAAUGGCGUUAAGCGGCAUUUUAUUGUACCGCUGGCAAUUGCACAACGACCCAGGUGGCGUCGCAAGGGCACUAAGCUGCACAUCUACAAUGACCACACCUUCAUCGCCAAGCAUUUGAGCGGUGGCGGCCUACAAUGCCAAGUCUGCAUGAAGUCCAUCCCGCGCCGCCCGGGCAAGCAGGGCUACGAGUGCCGGGACUGCAAUCUGAUCUGCCACAAACAGUGUCACAUACGGGCGCCGCAGGCGUGUCCCAAUCCUACAGUGCUUUCAAUGGAAUUAUCGAAGCUUAACUCUGCCGCUGCUGAUCGCAGUAUACGAAAAUUGUGAAAGUGUUGCUAAUGGAAACAAACACAUGCACGGAGCAAUGCCAGUCACAGCACAUCGCGUACAGCGACAGCCAGCAAGAAAGUAGUACCGUAUGUGAAGGAAGCAACCCUGACUCGAACCUAUUAAAAGAACUCUCAGCAAGUUAAUCAUUAUUUAUUGAAGCCGAGUUUUCCUUUUUCUGUUAUUGUUUUUUUUUUUACACAAUUUUUGUUGUUUUAAGAUAUUUCAAAUACUCGCACACGAAGCAACAGGCUCGAAAUU